CUUCGCUGACUCGCUCAGUUUGGAUUCAUGAUCAUCUGCUGCGGACUGGACUCCACACUGACGCGUUUCUCUGUUCCAGUCUGGAAAUAUUGAUAAAGAUCCGCCAGCGCGAGCUGAAGUUAGUUUGUCGCGGGAAUAUUCCUCGCUGGAACUGAUGCGGGAGAUUUCUGAGUCUCUGUAACUAAAGCCGCGUCACGGAUCCGACAGAGCAGCGCGAUGGGGGAGCAGCCGAUCUUCACCACCAGAGCUCAUGUCUUCCAGAUCGAUCCCACCACUAAGAAGAACUGGGUUCCUGCCAGUAAACAGGCCGUUACCGUCUCGUACUUCUAUGACAGCACACGCAACAGCUACCGCGUCAUCAGCGUGGACGGGUCAAAGGUGAUCAUCAACAGCACAAUCACCCCCAAUAUGAACUUCACUAAAACGUCGCAGAAGUUUGGCCAGUGGGCGGACAGUCGUGCAAACACAGUGUUUGGACUCGGCUUCGCCUCCGAACAACAGCUGUCCAAGUUUGCUGAGAAGUUCCAAGAGGUCAAAGAAGCUGCGAAACUGGCCAGAGAAAAAUCUCAGGAGAAGAUGGAGACGUCCAGCGACCAGUCGCAGGAAUCUGGCCGUGAAACUCCAUCAGGCAAUCAAGCGUCCAGCAUCAACGGAACGGAUGAUGAGAAGAUCUCACACGUGCCGGAGAACACAGCGCUGAUGAGUGAGAACGACCGGCUGAAGUCUGUAGCGGAGCAUAGUAAGAAGCUGGAGACGGAGCUGCAGGCGCUGAAGGACAGUAACACUCGGCUGACGGACACGCUGCAGGAGGCCAACAGUAACGCCGAGAUAUGGAAGAGUAAAGUGACACAGAGCCAGGACGAGAACAACCAGCUGAGGAACAAGAUCUCAGAGCUGGAGGAUCAGUGUAAGGAGGUGAAUCUGGAGAGAGAGAGAAACGCUCAGCUGAGUCUCAGAAUUCAAGAGCUGGAAGCAGAUCUGCAGGAAAAAGAACAGGAGCUGGAGAAUCUGCGCAAACAGGCAGAAACCAUCCCGCAGCUCAUGGCCAAAUGUGAAAGUGUCACGGCCAAACUACAGGCUGCAGAAAUGGCCAGCAGAGACCAGAGCGAGAAGAUGACGCUCCUGCAGAGCGAGAUCGAAGACAGUCAGCACAAGCAGAAGAACAUGAAGACCGAGCUCAAGAAGUUCAUGGACGUUCUGGACGGGAAGAUUGAUGAGCUCCAUGAAGUUCGUCAGGGCAUUUCUAAACUGGGCGUCGAUAACUGAACACACACACACACACACACACUCUCUCUCUCUCUCUCACACUCACACACACACACACACGUGCGGACUGAAGGCUGAAUUUAACGGCUGCAGAUCUCAGGGCCCUUUGGAAUCGCUGAUAUGCACAAACACAGGUGAACUGCAGAAUCACUAAGUGCCUGAUGGUGGCGCUCUCUCUCUCCGCCUGCCCUCAUAAACUCUUCUGACAAUCGUCCUGUUUAACGCUAGAGAGGCUCCUCAUGCAAUACUCGCCUCAGGCAGCAGGAUGCACUUCUCUUCUGCUUCUGUUGGUUUGUUUGUGUUUUUGAGAUGG